UGUGUCACAGUUUAAUAUGUCCGACCGUCUGUCUGGGGUAAAGGUCGGUCCUCCCGAGCAAGCUGUUGUGCACAUUUUCGGAGGUGACAGUGACUCGCUCAGGGACUCGACUUUCACUCGCCUCCUCUGGAAAUACAUGUCGUUUCGUCCAUUGGAUUAAUAUCGGGUGUUCGUAAAUAAAGAUGUCGAAGCAACAGCAGAUCAGCCCGUUGAAGAAUUUCUUCGCGGGCGGGUUCGGGGGAGUGUGUCUGGUGUUCACCGGACACCCCCUCGACACGAUCAAGGUGCGCUUGCAGACGCAGCCCAAGCCGGCCCCUGGACAGCCACUCCUGUACUCUGGGACCUUCGACUGCUUCAAGAAGACCUUGAUCAAGGAGGGUGUGAGUGGUCUGUACAGGGGGAUGGUGGCUCCCAUCAUCGGGGUCACCCCAAUGUUCGCUGUGUGUUUCUUUGGGUUCGGACUCGGCAAGAAGCUGCAACAGAGAAGCCCCGACGAUGUGCUGUCGUACCCCCAGUUGUUCGUGGCGGGGAUGCUGUCCGGUGUUUUCACGACAGUCAUCAUGGCUCCGGGCGAGCGAAUCAAGUGCCUCUUGCAGAUCCAGGCUGCGUCGGGGGAGUUGAAGUACACCGGCCCCAUGGACUGUGUGAAGCAGCUCUACAGAGAGUCUGGAGUGAGAGGGAUCUACAAGGGCACAGUGCUCACUCUCAUGAGAGACGUGCCGGCCAGUGGGAUGUACUUCAUGACGUACACAUGGCUCAAGGACAUCCUCACCCCCGAGGGCAAGAGCCCCAGUGACCUCAGUGUUCCCAGUGUCCUGUUUGCUGGUGGCAUGGCCGGCAUCUUCAACUGGGCAGUGGCCAUCCCUCCUGACGUGCUGAAGAGCAGGUUCCAGACAGCUCCCGAGGGGAAGUAUCCCAACGGGUUCCGGGACGUGCUCCGUGAGCUGAUUCGGGAAGAGGGGAUCGGCUCCUUGUACAAGGGCUUCACUGCAGUCAUGCUGAGAGCAUUCCCUGCCAACGCUGCGUGUUUCUUGGGAUUCGAAGUCGCCCUCAAGUUCCUGAACUGGAUCGCGCCCAACAUGUGAGCGGCUGGGAGCCAGGGGGAUUGUGGGAUGGCUGGAGGUCAGGGUUCAGAAGGACAGCACCUCACGAGUUGCAUUACAGAUUCUUUCAGAUUGUCAUUUUUUAUAUAUAGACUUGCAGCAAGUUUUAAUUGUGUUUUUAAACAGAAGUUUGCCUUAAAGUUUACAGCCACUGUACUGCAGAAUAUACAUAUGUAUGUAUGUAUGUAUGUAUGUAUGUAUGUAUGUAUGUAUGUAUGUAUGUAUGUAUGUAUGUAUGUAUGCAUGCAUGCAUGUAUGUAUGUACAUAACCCAACAUAUUUUUUGAAAUGCAAGCUCUGUUAUGAAAUAAGCAGAGCCUGACACUCAGGUAAAACUGUGUGGUGCUUCUUCAGUGCACUGAAUGAAUGAAACCCAGCCUGAGGGAGGCUGCGCUGGGACUGGCUCAGAGGGGAGGCAGGGUACGAGCGGAAGAGAAGCACUGGAGUCUGUGUUAAAGGAAGGGGAGGGGAGGGGAGGGGAGGCUCUCAGCACUGCAGGCGCGAGCGUGUCUCUGUGCAGAAUGUAUCAAACACACCCUGAACAUCUCCCUCUGGACAGGAACACAGGCUCUGGAGCCCUUUAAUAUUGCUAUUGUAUUGAAAAGGGUAUUAUCAACCAAGAUGCAAUUCAAUAAAACUACAAACACCGUACAGAGAAGGAAAAGCUGUGAUCAUUUUAUUGAUGUUUUGUCCAUGGCUGCACCACAGUCUCAUGAGUUGGUACAUUUUCUGUCCACAUCUGUCUAUCCAAUUGCAGAGCAGGUUCACAGUGUGUAGGUAGCAAGCUCAGGUGUGUCUUAUUAAACUCAUAAUGAAACCAGGAAUGGAUCAAAC